AUGCCUCUAGGAUUUACCUCGACGAGGACAUUAAUCCGUCUCGCAGAUGCGAGUGCACAGAUUGUGUAUGGGGAAACCGUCACAAAUUGGAUAUCGAGACGACGCAACAUACCAAACAACGGUGAGGACACUCGGGCUGGUAAGACGGAUGCAUAUACGCAGCGUCGCCCAGCAUGUUCGUUCCUCUUGGCCUCGGGCUCGCCGAGUAGUCGAACUUGGCCAUCUUUACACCCUGGCUCCUCAAGUAUCGGAUUCCUCUCACCGUGGUACCCGUUCUUCCCCCCUCGUCGCAAGCAGAUCAAGCGCAGGCCAGGCGAGUCUCGUACCGAGUUCAAGGACCGUUUCCGCGCUUCUAUCCCGGAAAUCAUCAAGCAGUCGUUGCUCAUUGCGCGCUGGAGGGACUGGCAAUGUCGCAACUCCAUCUUGGAUUCUCAGCUCGCUGCUGUGCCCCACUUCCGUCGCAUCUGCCUUGGAGAGCACCUGGAGGCCUAUGACGGUUCGGCGCGUGUUGUUCCCGGCCAAGGAAAACGUCGGCGCGACGGCUACGACUCGAAAGCUUAUUGGUAUGGCGUCGACGACGGUCGCCCGGAUCUCGUCAAGCGCUGCAGGGUUUCCCGUUCUGAACACCGGAUGUCGCUCAUGGAUAUGGAUAGUCUCUUUCUCUUGGACAACGCCGCAAGGGAUGAGUGUGAGGGCAAGCAGAUCGUCGCGAAGGUCUUCCAGUUCAGUUUCCCGGUCGAGCUGGAUGCAACGGUGCCGAUCUGCACCUUCACAGCUCCUCAGCAGACCAUCGACAGCCUCGCCUCAGAUGUCAGCAUCUUCGCCUACUUGGGCAAGGAGCCGAUCGCUACGGAAGCGGAUUUCUUGAUGGGUACUCUUGUGGGCUUGUCUGAGGACGUCACAGCUGUUCCUUCAACGCCUGUCGAGUCUCUGCCCCCUUUACCUCUGGUUACGGUGGUCAAUGUUUCUUCCGACGUCUCGCCUGGUGGUCCAGCUGAUACGCUGAUGUCUCUCGGGCAGCUCAAGCCAUUAAAGCCAAUCCUCAAGAAUGGUCGGUCUAAAGCUAACCGGAUGGCGCCUUACGCUAGGAAGUGCAAGAUCGCUGUGGACGUCCCCGCUGUACAUGGACCGCCGAAGACCCGCGAAUCGGUGCUGACCCUCAUGCGCAAGUCACUACCGCAGGAAUUGCGCGAGCUGGCUUCUCCCGGAGACCUCCAAACCGUUCGGGACCGGAUGCUGGGUAUCGUGACGUGCGACAUCUAUGGCGAAGAACGGCAACGUCGACAGCAGGGCGACUCGGGAGCGGCGACUACUGCUGAUUCUCCGAUGAAUGGAUGCGUCGCCGAGUCGGUGUCUGGCUAUAGCGCCGACGGGAACUAUGCCGUAGUCGAUGCUGCUACUGGCUUCCAGCCGAUGGCCCACCGCACUUCUUCUGACGAUACUGCGACUGGUACUUUCGAGCCCAUGGUCCUCCCUUCCUCUCCUGGUGUUAACGAAAACCGGUAUGUCGCGGACGAUGUUCAUCACGAGCCACAGCAACAUGUGGGUCUCGCUAUGGGCGACGCCGGUGCGGAUGCACUGUACGACGGCGACGCUGUUCCCGCUAAUGACAAUAUCGACGAUCUCUUUGGCUCCAGCAGCUCCAGCGACUCGGUCGGCACUGUGGUCGACGUGGAUGAACCAGAGCUCCAGCCCAGCCUUUCGGAGCAGAUCUUCGGGAAUGGCGAGGACUCGGACAUCGACGACAGCAUCACUGAUCCUCGUGCUGGCGGUUGUACUCGCGCGGAUCAACGGGAACAACUUGGUCUGGAGUUUGAUCAACUGUUCGAGGCUGCUGACAAUGCACUACCCGUGGGUCCUGUUGAAGAUGGCGGUCCCAUCGACGCGCUUCUGUCUAUCGAGCAUCUUUCUGGAACCGAGGAUGGCAAUGGUUCGAGUACAACUCUGGACGACGAUCUGUUCGGGUUUGACAUGGCGGACGACGCUCCCAACGUCAUCAGCGGCGACUGA